CCUUCCCCUUCCUCCUUCCCCUGUAAGAUUGUUUUGUUCAUCGCGAUUUUUAAAGAAAUUGCCAAUUCCUCAUGAUUUUGCUACAAAAUAUCUAGAAAACUACUAAACCACCUACCACAAUGGGGAAAGGAUUUCAAUUUGCAAUUGAUCGUGGAGGCACCUUCACUGAUGUCUUUGCUCGCUGCCCUGAUGGUAGAGUCAGGGUCAUGAAGCUGCUGUCUGUUGAUCCUCAGAAUUAUGAUGAUGCUCCUAGAGAGGCUAUAAGAAGGAUAUUGCAUGAGGAGACAAACAAUGCUUUGGACAAAGAUGGUAAAGUAAAUGCAUCCCUAAUAGAAUCGAUUCGUAUGGGCACAACAGUAGCUACAAACGCUUUAUUGGAGCGUAAGGGUGCUAAAGUGGCGCUAGUGAUUAAUAAGGGCUUUAAAGAUUUGCUGUUCAUUGGUAAUCAGGCACGGCCACAUAUAUUCCAGUUGGAUAUUAAACGCCCCGGUGUUCUAUACACAGAAGUUAUAGAAGUAGACUGCCGUGUCAUACCAGCCUUAGAAGAUAAAUGCCAAAUGAACAAACCUGCACAUUGGAAGCAGGUUUACGGCACUACCAACGAGAAAAUGCUGAUAACGAAAGAAGUAGACAUAGAAGCUGUCAGGAAUGAUUUAAAACGCUUAAAAGAAAAAGGGAUAGACAGUAUUGCUGUUGUUCUUGCUCACAGUUAUACGUAUCAUGAACAUGAGUUGCAGAUUGGGAAGAUUGCUUGUGAUUUGGGUUUCAAUCAAGUAUCCCUCUCCCACGCCGUAACCUCGAUGGUCCGCAUUGCUCCACGUGGUCUCACAGCUUGCGCAGACGCAUACCUCACUCCUCACAUUAGGGAAUACGUCAAGAGCUUCGCCGAGGGAUUCACUGACGGACUCAAAGGCACUAACGUUUUAUUCAUGCAAUCUGAUGGCGGGUUGACUCCUAUGAAUAUCUUUAACGGAUCUCGAGCGAUCCUAUCAGGACCGGCAGGGGGCGUGGUGGGGUACGCGAUGACGUCAUAUCAGAAGGAAACAAAUUUACCUGUCAUUGGUUUUGAUAUGGGUGGCACUUCAACCGACGUGUCCCGCUACGCUGGGACACUGGAGCAUGUGCAUGAAGCCACCACGGCUGGUGUUACUAUACAAGCACCGCAGUUGGAUAUAAACACAGUCGCCGCCGGCGGCGGUUCCAUGCUGAUGUUCCGCUCAGGGCUGUUCGUGGCUGGACCGCAGUCCGCCGGGGCGGAUCCCGGACCCGCCUGUUAUAGGAAAGGAGGACCUCUCACCGUGACUGAUGCUAAUUUGUUGCUAGGUCGUUUACUUCCCGAAUAUUUUCCUAAAAUCUUCGGACCAACGGAAAAUGAGCCAUUGGACAGAGAGGCUACUGUGAAAGAAUUCCAGAAGAUCACUGGUGACAUCAACGCCUUCUUGAGACAGGGUGGCGGGAAAGAGUUCCAGAUGACUAUGGAAGAGGUAGCAAUGGGCUUUAUAAACGUCGCCAACGAGGCUAUGUGCAGACCUAUUAGGGCGCUGACGACGGCGCGUGGGCACGACGCGUCUCGCCACGCGCUGGCGUGCUUCGGCGGCGCGGGGGGGCAGCACGCAUGCGCAGUGGCGCGCCAGCUGGGCAUUUCCACUGUGCUCAUUCAUAAGUAUGCCGGUAUCCUGUCCGCGUAUGGCAUGGCACUGGCCCACAUUGUCCACGAGGCACAAGAGCCUUGCGCGUCGAAGUACUGCCCAUCGCAGUUCGCGCAGCUCGACAUGCAGCUCGACAUACUCGGCGCUGUAUGCAGGGACAAGCUUAGGGCGCAGGGUAUCCCUGACUCCCAAAUCGUGCUGGAACCCUACCUGCAUCUGCGGUACGCAGGCACUGACUGCGCGCUGAUGGUGGCGCCUGCGACUGGCGCUGGCCACUCACCCACUUCUUGUCGGCACGGCGAUUUUUAUUCUGCUUUUGUUAACAGAUACCAAAACGAGUUCGGUUUCACGCUAGCCGACCGUGACGUCAUCGUUGAUGAUGUAAGAGUACGGGGUGUGGGGCUCAGUCACGUGCCUGAAGAAAUCGCACCGCCAAGCGGCAAAGGGAUUCCGCCGGUUGCUGAAAAGACCAUGAAGGUAUUCUUCGAAGGUGGAUAUCGCGACACGUCUAUUUAUCUCUUGGAGAAUCUCAAGCCGGAGCAGAUCGUACCAGGCCCCGCUAUAAUCAUGGACAGUCUGUCUACGAUACUUAUUGAACCAGACUGCCGCGCAGAAAUCACAAAAUACGGCGACAUUCGCAUCACUAUUGGGUCUGGCCAGCCAAAGAAAGUCACGACUGACCUUGACUCCAUUCAACUAAGUAUAUUCUCUCAUCGGUUCAUGUCUAUUGCGGAACAGAUGGGAAGAGUGCUCCAACGCACUUCAAUAUCAGUAAACAUCAAGGAGCGACUGGAUUUCUCGUGUGCGCUGUUCGGCCCUGAUGGAGGACUAGUUUCCAACGCGCCUCACAUACCUGUACAUCUUGGUGCUAUGCAGGAGACCGUGCAAUAUCAGAUGAAAGUCCGGGGCGACACUUUGAAACCCGGUGACGUGUUACUAUCUAACCACCCCGAGGCUGGAGGGUCACAUCUUCCAGACUUGACUGUCAUUACGCCAGUUUUCCACAAGUCCCAAAGGACGCCAAUAUUCUUCGUGGCGUCCCGUGGCCACCACGCAGACAUCGGCGGUUUGACCCCCGGUUCCAUGCCCCCACACUCCACCAGUCUCGCGCAGGAAGGGGCGGCGUUCAAGUCCUUGUUGCUCGUUGACGGGGGGAAGUUUAAUGAAGAAGAGUUGGUUGCUGGCCUAAUGAAACCUGGCGAAGUACCUGGUUGUUCAGGCACAAGAAACCUCGCUGAUAACUUGUCAGACCUGAAAGCUCAAGUCGCUGCUAAUCAGAGAGGUAUUCAAUUAGUGGGAGAACUGAUAGAGCAGUACAGCUUGGAAGUGGUCCAGGCUUACAUGGGCCAUAUACAGAAGAAUGCCGAGCUGGCCGUCAGGGAUAUGCUUAAGGAAAUAGCUAAAAACGCGUUAGCCAAAACGGGAUCUACAGUGCUGAAAGCUGUGGAUUACAUGGACAAUGGAACGCCUAUAAUGCUCACUGUCACUUUGGACAAGGAUGAGGGCAGCGCCCUCUGUGAUUUUACGGGUACAGGAGUAGAAGUAUGGGGCAACCUAAACGCCCCCCGCGCAAUAACACUGUCCGCCCUGAUCUACUGCCUGCGUUGCAUGGUGGGCCACGACGUGCCGCUGAAUCAGGGUUGCCUCGCGCCGGUACGGGUUAUAGUACCGAAAGGUACGAUAUUGGAUCCUACAGAGGGCGCUGCUGUUGUCGGAGGGAAUGUUUUGACUUCGCAACGAAUUGUUGAUGUUGUCUUAAAGGCUUUUCAAGUAUGCGCUGCGUCUCAAGGAUGUAUGAACAACUUAACACUGGGUGAAACGGAUUGGGGCUACUAUGAGACUGUUGCUGGCGGCAGUGGCGCUGGACCGGGCUGGCACGGCGCAGGCGGCGUCCAUACACAUAUGACGAACACUCGCAUCACCGACGUCGAAAUCGUCGAACGGCGAUACCCUAUGCUUGUUAGUAGAUUCAGCUUACGCAACGGAUCGGGGGGAAAAGGUCGUUGGGACGGCGGAGACGGUGUGACUAGAGAGCUGGUGUUGCGUCGCACAGUGCAGCUGUCUGUUCUGACCGAACGCAGAGCAUUCCAGCCCUACGGCAUGAACGGGGGUGAGCCGGGUGCCAGAGGAUUAAAUUUGCUGCACAGAACUAACGGGCGUGUUAUCAAUUUGGGUGGAAAAACUUCUGUGGAGGCAUAUCCCGGCGACAAAUACAUAAUGAAUUCACCUGGCGGUGGAGGCUACGGGCAAACCGAUGAGUUCGCUACGUUUAAAGAACCAAGUAAACAAUAUGGCGAGUUCCUCGAACGCGGCAGCGUCUACGAGUACCGAAGCGCUCAGGAAGGUGUAUAAAAACCUUUGUGGAAAAGUAUGGUGAUGUAUAACCGAAAUUAAUCUUUAAAAUAUUGAAAUGAAUACAUAAUAAUGGUGCUUACCACUUAGAUAUAAGAUGAAAAUUCAAUAAAUGAUACUUGAUUACCGAAAAUUGAAAUGGACAGAGUAUAUUUAUAAACUUCAAGGAAAUAAUACAUAAUACCUCCCUCUGAAAUAUUAUUGUACUGUAUUUUGCUCUAGUGUAUUUUUAGAACAAAAGUUUUGUAUUCUUUUACUAUUUAUUUUUAAUCAUUCCGACCCUGUGUUAUUACUUAAAGUUUAGACAGAUAUACUCUUACCUAUUCCAAAUUCUGAUAAUUACUAAUGUUAAUAUUGCAAUAUACGAAAAAACUAAUUCGCAAUGUAACCAUAGCUUUAUUUGAAAUAAAUUACAUAAAUAAGUACAAAAUAUAUAUUUUAGUACAGUGGUCUAAAGUCCAAGCUUUGAAGCGAUCCGAAAUUAACUGUACUUGCAUUUAGUACCUAUCGGGGACACCAGAUGUCGCGAUGAGUAUCAAGUAAUCUAUUUUUGUAAUUAAUUUGUAAAUAAUUGAGAACUACAAUUUAUCAAAGCUACUCUGCCCUGAUAAGCCGAAAAGAA